CCGAGAACAGAGAUAUGAAGAGAGGACAGAGCGAUGCAAGAAACUAAAGGUGAGGAGAGGCAGUGAGGAGUGAGAACAGACAUAAAGAAAAAAAAAAAAGGACUGGAACAACAAACACUCUGGAAGGACUGACGUCCACUAACUCAACAUUUAUCCAAGAUAUGAAUCAGAAAUUGGUAUCUGUCAUGCAACUUUUAUCAGCUGUCUGUGGUGUUUCUUCGUCAGUUUCUUAUCAAUAUCACUUUGUGAAUGAGGAGAAAUCCUGGACUGAAGCUCAGAGCUACUGCAGAGAGAUUCACACUGAACUGGCCACCAUCAACAACAUGGAGGAGAUGAAGAAUUUGAAUGCUUCUCUGAAAGACAAAACUAGGCACGUUUGGAUCGGUCUAGAAAAGGGGAACACUGGGAAAUGGCUGUGGUCUCUGGCAGAUGGAAAUUUCCACAGUGAGGGAGACGCUCAUAGAAACUGGAGCCAAGGAGAACCAAACAAUAAAGGGGGCAAAGAGUUCUGUGUUGUAAUGAAGAAAAGUGAUGGAACAUGGGCUGAUGAUAGCUGUGAAGAACUACACCCAUUUAUGUGUUAUGACGAUAAGCUGAUCUUGGUCAAUCAGAAUCUGACCUGGAGAGAAGCUCUGAGAUACUGCAGAGAUCAUCAUGUGGAUCUGGUCUCAGUUCACUCUGAGGAGAUCCAGCUCUGGGUGAAGGAGGUGGCACAGAAAGCCUCCACUGACCUUGUGUGGCUGGGUCUGCGUCACACCUGCACUCAGGGUUUCUGGUACUGGGUGAGCGGUUUUUCCAUCUGCUACCAGAACUGGGCUCCAGGUAACGGGACAGGAGGAGAAGACUGCAGCUCUAGAGGAGGUCAGCAGUGGGUCAGCCUGCCUGAGGACCAGAAACUCAACUUCAUCUGCACCACCUAUGGAGACUGAAACAAGAUGUGGCUCCUCAUCCAGACUAGCUCUCAAUCCAGGAUCAGCAGAGCCAGUUUUCCCACAUGUAUAUUUGUUUUACUAAAUCAUACAUGCUUGUUUAGGUCUAGAUUUGUGUAAUACAUUCAUUUAUUUAUCAUAUUCUAGUGUGUACAUUUAUUUGUUUUUCACUUAGUUUUAUCACAAAUAUAUGUUUAUUCUUUUCAAAUGUUUCAAACUAUGUUUCAGCCUAUAUUGACUAUGUUAAAAACUCUUUUCAAAAUAUGUUUAGUUUCAAGCACAACUCCACAUAUUUCAUGAACAUUUUUAAUUCAGUUCUUUUGUUCCAAGUUUUUAUUUUUCAAAUUCAUAUAUAUUUAUGCUGCCCUG